AUGAAAAAUCAUGCAUGCCAGCAUCCCGGGUGUAGCAAAAGCUUCACCCGUGCAGAACACUUGCGCCGACAUGCGUUCAACCACGAGCAGCCGCGCAAUGGAUAUACUUGUGAGCGGUGCUCUGUUCAUUUCCAGCGUCCUGAUUUACUAGCGCGACAUAUGGAACGGCAUACGAAACGCGACCAGGAAGCUGGAGGACCAGGACAAGGCUUACUCAAGACGCGAAAGAGGACCAGACGGGCGGAAGAUGGUUCUAUCGUUGUACGGCCUUCACAGCGACAAAUUAGAAACGCAUCGAAUUCCACGGGCACCGCGAACAGCUCUGGUCAGGAUUUAGAAGAGUAUCAACAACCUGAGGGGACUGGUCUCCCUAUAUCACCACCUGGCUCGGGUACGGAUCCAACAUCAACUGAACUAGAUGAGACAGACCCAUUCCUAGCACCUCUCAUCCCCAUCGGUUCUUUUGAACCAUAUGUUGAGCCGAUUCCGGGACAGUUUGAUGCUGCAGAUGGGUCAUCCAAUGUUGAGCUUGAUGGAAUAGGCGAUUAUUUUGGCAUGGACACAGCAACCGACUUCAAUCUACCAUUUGCUGCGACUUGCAACUACAACUGGCUCUUUGACGUUUCCUCCCUCGACGACGCUUUCCACCAAUUUGACUCUUCCAUUGGAUUCGAUGUAGUCGCAUUUCAAGAAAUGACAAAUAACAUUCCAACGGAGCAGCCAGAUGAGAAAUAUGACGGCCCUUCGGCGCUUUUGAUGGCAUCCAUUAUAGACAGAGAGCCAUUUCAGCAAUCUACCUCACCCGUCCUCCCCAGUCUCCCCGAUUUGGACUGGAUGUCAGGGCCUGUCAUGCUAGAUCCAAACACUCCGCCUCGCCUACCACAGAUAUCAGGAGAAGCCCGAAAGGGAAUCAUGUCUGUCGUAGCACAUGCGCGCCCAACAAAUAUCGAUGGACAACCCAUGCUUCUCGAAUCGCCUCUUCUGUCACUAGCUGCACUCCAGAGCUACAGUGACCUCUUCUUCGGCCGUUUUAACACUACAUACCCAUUAAUCCACCAACACACAUUCAACCCAAACACUGCAGCACCAGUCUUCCUCGCGUCUAUUCUCUUUAUGGGUGCAACGUACAGCACCCGCGAAGCCCACCAACUAGCAGUUGAAGUACACGAUACUCUCAGAUGCCAACUCCUAUGCCAUCCCGGAUUCUCACCACAACCAGAUCUCUGGGUCUUACAAACAAUGCUUCUGAUUGACUGCUUUGGAAAAAUGCGAGCUGGUCCAAAACAACGCGAACGGGCACAACUCUUCCACUGCGUCCUCAUCAAACUAAUCCGACGCAGUAACUAUUGUACCAUUCGUGGAUUGUCCUCUUUGGACCAAUCGGCUGAUCUGGAGCAGGUUUGGCGACAGGCUUUAGACGAGGAACAGCGCAAGCGAGUCGCGAUGCAUUGUUUCAUGUGGGAUACCCAGCAUGCAGUCCUAUUCUCGCAGUCUCUAUGCAUGUCUGCAUUUGAAAUUAGGUCUUCGUUGCCUUGUAGCACUGCGGCAUGGGAAGCUUCCUCCGCGCGAGAGUGGGCGCAACAUGCUUUCCGCGAAGAGAACCGCUUGUUCCUUUCCGUGCUGAAGGGCUAUAUCACACCAGCAGCUGUGUCCCGACCUCGAGAUUUGAAUGUCUUUGCCCGCAUCGUUAUUCUGCACGGUUUGAUGUCAGUAUCUGCGGACCUCAAACGUCGCGAUCAGACAACUUUACGGUCGGAAACACCCGAUCGCGUUGGGGCAUGGACACCGCGUAUGGGUCGUUCGUACGAUCUAUGGAAAGUCGACUUUGAUUCGGACUGUCUUGCGAUGAAACUGGCACAAACUGCUAGUCCUCGCCAGUUCACGGGACUCAAAGUCUCUGGACAUGCCUUGUAUCACGCCGCAUACCUUGCGUUGCAUGUUGAGGUCUUGGAUUUGCAGAUCGUCGCUGGUGCACCACAUAUCCUUGGGCGUCUAGUCACCGAUGCUGAUCGAGCGCGAUCGCUUCAGAAUAUCACUAGAUGGCUGCAGGAGGAUUCCGAGCCCCCAUGCACGGCUGCCCAACAAGCUGCAUCGCUCUUGCAGGAUUCUGUCUUGAGUCUUCACGAAUGGGAACAGGCUGAUUCGUUCCAUUUCCCGUGGUGUUUGUACCUGUGCACGUUGGCCUGCUGGGUAUUCCACCGUGGGCUUGAUCUUACUUCUGAUGAGAAUAGGACAACGACAGAUUUAUCUUCGUUGAUCGUGAUGAUGACCAACUGUCCCACUCCGUCCGAAUUGGGAUCGCUGUCUGGCAAGUAUUGUCCACGACCCCUUGCAGCAGCUAUGGCACAGCAAUUAGCAACAGUUCGAUGGGCAGUCGUUCACGACGCGAUGAAAGUUUUAGUAAAUUUAUCUUGA